AUGAGGGCCAGCCUCUUAGUGAUUGUCGGCUUUGUGCAUCAAGUAUUCUCACAAUCGAUUACAUUAUCAGGAACAGACACGGCAGCAGCGACGUCGACUGCCCCCGACUAUGUCACCAGCGGCGUUACAUAUGUUGACGAGUCCAGCACAUUAAGCAUCACAUCGACCGGAGACUAUGGCUCAAUAACAGACCUCUCCAGUGCCAUAGCAUCCGCCAAUGGCACGAUGUCCUCGAAUGCCACCACGACAGGAAAUUCCACAAGUGCUACGCAGACUUUACUUGUUGGCUCUGCAAGGACGACGACUGCUCUGAAUGGUACUGCUGCAGGAAACUCUACUGCUUCCGCAACCUCGAGUGCCGCACAGCCUUCGAAUACUGUGCCUUGUAAUGGUUUCCCGGAAUUUUGUGCACGCAAAUACAGCAAUAUCACGCAUGUUGCCGCUCACAAUAGCCCGUUCGUACGUCCUGGAAAUCUGGCGGCGAAUCAAAUGCUCGAUGUUGAGACGCAACUUAAUGAUGGCAUUCGAAUGCUCCAAUUUCAAACACAUUUGGAGAACGGCACUAUUUAUCUCUGCCACAGCUCAUGCGAGAUCUUGAACGUCGGAACGCUUGAAGACUACCUCCGCACGGUGACGAGAUGGCUCCGAGCCAACCCUUAUGAUAUCGUCACGAUCCUAAUGGGCAAUUCCGACGUACUAAAUCCCCACAACUAUACAGCACCAGUAAUCAACUCCGGCCUGAUCGACUUCGUCUACACAGCGCCCACCCGCCCAAUGCCUCUCGACUCCUGGCCCACCCUCAGCGAGAUGAUCUUCUCCAACUCCCGCGCCGUCGUAAUGCUCGACUAUGAAGCCAACCAGGAGGAAAUUCCCUGGCUCCUCGACGAAUUCAGCCAAUUGUGGGAAACACCCUUUUCGCCCACCGACCGCGACUUCCCAUGCACUGCACAGCGCCCACCGGACCGACCUCGCGAGAACCGUGAGGAUCGCAUGUACAUGAUGAACCAGAAUCUGAAUCUCGAUGUGUCGCUCGUGGGAGUGAGCAUCGACAUUCCAGCCUCGAACAUGCUGAACGAGACCAACGCUGUUGAAGGGUACGGGUCCGCAGGCUGGAGCGUGCUUAACUGUACGAGAGAGUGGAAUCGUCCGCCGACUUUCUUGCUUGUGGAUUUCUACAACAUCGGGAAUUUCAACGGGAGCGUCUUUCAGGUCGCGGCUGAUGCUAACGGGGUCACCUAUAACAGGGACUCCUGCUGUGGACUGGAAGAGCGACGCACUAGGAACGCGGGAAGCGCUACGGGAGUACCGAUCGGAUGGAUCCUAUCCCUUCUCUGUGCCGUGUCUAUGGCUGUUUCGUUGUAG